AUGCCACCAAGAAGACUUGGGUCGCUAUCCCUCGCCCACGCGGCAGGACCAGAUGUCACCGAUUCCGAAUACGCGGCUGCUCCUAGCCCAGGAAUUCGAUAUCAACAUCUUCCGUACCACAUGCGGACGCUCGAGCCGAUAGAAGAACAGGCCCAAACUUUAGACGACCACAGCCGCCAAAUCGAGUUUAUGCGAGACGACGACGAGUCAGAUUGGGACUCGAUUUCUAGCAGCCAUUCCUCCGGCGUCCUUGAGCCGUCUUCGACGAGGACCCGUGAGGUCUCUGUCAUGACGGCCGCUACCUCACUAUUGUCUGAUAGGUUAUCGCGCAGCUCAUCUCACAAUCGCGCGAGCGUAGAUGGCUGCACAGAAACAAGCUGGAUAGAUGAGGGUUCCGAUUCAGACUCGGACGAUGUGAAGCCCCAAGAAGAUCAAAGCCGGCCAAGUUCCAUCCUCUCCUCCCGGAAGCGGCUGCCUGUCAGGUUGUCAGCUGAAAGCGUCGCACUUGAGCAGAAUACCUCAAUGAUUCCUAGCGUAGAGGAGGUCCAUCCAACUGGGGCACGGCCGAUGCCUGCUCCGCAAAGCAAGAAGGCCGACGAAGCAAAAUCUCUUUAUUCUAUCAGGAUCUCGAAGCGACUCGGUUCGCGACGACGUCGAGGCGUAAGGAUAGUCUCCGACAUACCUUACAGUAGUCUCUAUUCGAAAAGCAAGGCCACUCUCAAUGACGUGCAGGCUGCCGCAGAACAUGAGGAUGACCCUGCCAUGCCCUCGUUAGUUCCAUUCGAUUCCAUAAUCGAUCUACGUGGCCGGGCGAAUGAUCCGACGUGUUCCGCUUCGGCGACGGAGAGGCAACGUGAGCCACUGGAUACUCUUGAAAGCGCCUCUGAGGGGGAAGACGAUGAUUUAUUAGCGAGCGACUGCCAGGACACAUCUCACGCCAAGUUGAGCCAACCCGUGCCCUCUGCGCCCAAGACGCCGGCGACUCGAGGCAAGCCGCGGAGAGACGGCGAUGAUCGAGAGAUCCCCCAAAAGGCGGCUGCGUUUCUCGGCAUAGGGGAUAGCAAGGGUCGCCCAGGGACCGUCGUCGAGCCCCAAACCCCGGCCAUCCCGUCUCGCCCGGGUACAUCUUCCUCUUCGCUCUACAAGCUGAGGCGAGGCAAAGCCAGCUCGCGCGCGCCGUCUGUGCUAUCGCUUGAGCGAACACCUUUAGCACGUUCAGCCAAGGUGGAUAUCGCAAUGCGUGAGCUUCUGAUGGGACUGGCGAGGUGCAUAGUUAGGCUCAUCUACACUCUCAGAGAGGGUCGCACCGACGUUGUCAGCGAGGAGGAGGCGGCAGCCGUGCGGGUAGACCCUUUUCUUGUUAGAGCGCUGUGCGAAAUUGUCCGUACCGCUGAAGGGUGCCAAUGA